CUGAGUAGCUCUUAAUUUUCGGUCUUGCAUUUAGUGCGACCGGCCUGUAUCAGGUGUGUACGCUGCUAUGUAUUUCAUUCCGAAGGUCAUGGCUGGUGCGGACAAUCCUGAUCGGACAGUAUUAGUUUAGUGUUGAAGGAAAAGGGUCCUAUACGUUGUUUGUUGUUUGCAUUUUAAAUCGCGUCCGCUUUGAAAACUCGUUCAAUUGUAUUUAUUUGGCAAAAUAAAAGCGAGUCGCGGCGCUUUCGUAAUUUACCGAUAAUAGAACAAAUUAGGAAACAAAUCCAAAAAUUAAAAACGAAAAAAAAACAAAAAACAUUUAAGCGCGUACACUACUUUUGAAAAGUAAACAAACGAAUUAAUAAAUAAAAAUUAAAUAUUAUUUGAUAAACGUUUAUACGCAUACACAUAUACACAUACAUGUACGCAUGUACGCAUACAUAUGGCGAACGAUAAAUAAUUAAUAAUUUUAAGUUAAUAAAUUUAAGCAUUUUUUUCGUUUAUUUAAUUAAAAUAUAUACCAAAAAUAUAAACAAAUAGUUUUUGUGAUUAUUGAAAAUAAACAAAUUAAAAUGGAAACGUGUGUUUUAAUACCAAAAGAGUUGUCACUCGCUGCAACAACAAUAACAGCAAAUCAUGAAGCCGAAAUCACAGUGUGGACAACAUCGUACAUCGAGCAAGGCACAAUUUUUUACCCCUUUCAAGGGACGAUACGCUGGGAUAAAUUGGACGCAUUUCAAUAUCUCGAGGAAAAUGAUAUCCGCUAUCGUUUCGGCUUGUAUGACGAGAUCUCACACGCCUUUCAUAAGCCAGUGCGUAGCUGUAAUUGGAUACGUUUUCUGCGUGUCUCCAGCGUAUGUGAUUCCAAUGUAAAUAUGAUUUGCACGAAAGUGAAAGGUGAACCCAUUUAUGAGGCGAUAAAACCGAUAACAGCGCAUCAGGAGCUUGUUGUAUUCUACCUGCCCGAACGACCCGAAGAGGUGCUAUUUAUGCGAAUGCGAAUUUCUAUGUAUCGUCAAACAAUGGAUUCCAUAAUGAAAGAUUCACCAAUUGAUCUUUCAUCUUCCCUGCUGCAUCGAGUCUCGCUACCCGUUUCGCCGGUUUCAAGUAGUGAAGAUGAACAUAAGUCAAUAUCGAGUGAUCUAUCCGGUUCAGUGCUGUCUUUAAAUGAACCCGCAAGUGAUGUUAUAAACUCAACAAACUGUGAAAAAGUACGUGAACAGCGAACGCCGCAGCGAACACGAAUCGGGCGAAGUGAACGCUGUUUGCUGCCUUGCGAUGUCUGCGGGAAGGCAUUCGAUAGACCUAGUCUACUUAAGCGACACAUGCGAACGCAUACAGGUGAGAAACCGCAUGUGUGUAUGGUUUGCGGGAAAGGCUUUAGCACGUCGAGCAGUUUGAAUACGCAUCGGCGAAUACAUUCGGGUGAAAAACCACAUGAAUGUCAGGUGUGUGGCAAGCGGUUUACGGCCAGUUCCAACCUGUACUAUCAUCGAAUGACACACAUCAAGGAGAAACCACAUAAAUGCAAUUUAUGCUCAAAGUCAUUUCCAACACCCGGCGACUUAAAAUCCCACAUGUACGUGCAUAGUGGCUCGUGGCCUUUUAAGUGCAACAUUUGCUUCCGCGGUUUCUCGAAACAGACAAACCUCAAAAAUCAUCUUUUUCUGCAUACAGGCAAUAAGCCCCAUGGUUGUGAAUUGUGCAACAAGAAGUUCGCAUUAGCGUGCAAUUUACGAGCUCAUAUGAAAACACAUGAAGGUGAUCCACAAGAUGAAUGUGUUCGCUGCGGCAAGGUGUACGUUACACUAAUGCAGGGAGUCUGCACAAGGUGCUCCGAUUCGAACAAUUCAACUGACACUGACAACAAGACUGGUUUUCAAUCGGGUGGCGAUACAACCACAGAAGAUGAAACCUCAAAUGGCACAACGGAAUGUAGUGACAAGUAAAAAAGAAAAAAAAAACAAAAACAAAAACAACAACUGAAACAAAAAAUCUACACAAAAACCAUAUAAAAACAAAACCGAAAACGAUAACGAUAACUACAUGCAUUCGUACAUACAUACAAACAUACAUACAUACAUAAAUACAUAAAACACAACAAACAAAUAAUGACUGCUGCUGUAAAUAUAUACAUACAUACAUUCAUAAAUAUACUAUGCACAUAUUAAGUAAGCGAGCGGGACGCGAGGAGGUUAUCAUACAUACAUACAAACAUAUGUACAUAUGUAUGUAUGCAUAAGUGUACAUUUACUCCGCUAAAUAGUAGUUAUAUGUAAGCGCUAGUCUUAAGGAUAUUUAUAUUUUUUAAGUGACAAUACAAAGCAAGUAUAGCACAAGCCAAUAAAAUAGAUACUGAAGAUUUUUUGUCCAAGUAUAUCAGAAUGGAAGUGUUUGAUGUUAAACCGCAUCCUCUACGUCAUCGUGGUUGUCGCGCAGUGGCUGUCGCAAUUGUCGGCAAAUUUGGUUUGUAUGUUUUGCAAGAUUUUUGUGUCUUAUUUUUUUCUUUCUCGCACUCAGCUUCAGUCAAUACAAUGGAAGGUAUGUUUGUACAGCUACAGACAGCUAAUUGGAUACGCUACUGCUCGCGGGCGACUUUAAAAGUAGUGAAGGUUAUCAACUCGUCUGCAAUUUUGUUUAGAAUUUUUAUACCAGCGGUAUUAUAAUUUUGUUCACUUAACUGUUUUUUGUGGCAGCAUAAAGGAAUCGAGAUACUGAUCCGAUUCGCUUGAUUACAGGCGAUAAUUUUUGUGCGGAAAAUGGUUAUUAAAGCAACCGUAUUUGAUCUAGUAGCACAAGGGUUUCUGAUAAUUCAAGCGAGGACUGUACUUUGCCCGAAAAUAAACUUGAAUGAAAAUACUACUCAAUCUAACGGUAUUUCGCAGCAGUAAACCUUAAUCAGCUGUAUUGGUUCACUUGAAUAGAAGCUCUCAGUUAGCCAAAAUUAUUUACGCAUUAAAUCUAUGAAAAUGGAUCGUUUUUUAAGCAUUAAUUGUGUUUGGUCGCAAACUUUUUAAUUCUAAUAAAAUGGGAAAGCAAAAAGAUUUAACAGAUUGCGAAAAAGAACAAAUUGAUAUCUUGACCUCAGAGAGACUUUCACGUUGCCAAAUUGCCAAAAAAAUUGACCGAAGUCCAAAUGUUGUGGAUCUUCAUGCGAAACAAGGUGCCUCCUAUGGUAAGAACGACGAAGGCAGAACUGCGAUGGCUUUAACACCGAAGGAAACCCACAAAAUCCUUAAGAUUGCAUCAAAUUCCGUCCUGCCUACAGCAAAAAUUAAAUAAAUGGGGAAAUGUUGAAGCCAGCAAAUCCAUCGGAUGAAAGGCCAAUCUAAAGGUGUCAGAUAUGAAGCAUAAAAAAUUGCAAACAAAAAAAACCUUUGAAUGAAUUCCACAAAGAACCCCGCAUCGAUUUUGCAAUGGACCAUGACAUGGAGUUCUGUAACAAAUAACG